CCCGUCUAAGAGUUAUGAAAAAGAUCACACAACAAACACGUCCUUCGUAUGAAUUUUGAUUUAACAGAUGUAAUAUCCUGUAUUCCUAUAAAAAUAUCCAAACACUCAAGCAUGUAUGACAACAUAAAUACAAAAGAAACUAUCAAACACGACGUUAAAAGGUAACGGUAUCAAAGUCCAAUCAAGUUUCUUUCGCUGUCUGACAACAAGUCCGAAAACGGUACAACUCUUACCUGAGCCGGGGUUCAAACAGGCAAUAAUAAGGGCCCCAGCCACCAACCAGCUCCACCGAACUUCUAACAUCCUACGAGCUUCUUCUCAUAAACUGUGUCUCAGUCCUUGGAUCUAUUCUACGGAUAAAAUGUAAAAGAAAACGUGUGCACGAAGUAAUCCCCUUUCGUCAAAAUGGCCGAUCCUUGUUGAUUGCCAGAAGAACGUCACUCGCCGUCACGUGACCCUUUGCUGUUCUCAAGUUGGAGUAUCGCCCCCUUGAUUUGACAAGGAAAGUUAAAGUAAUUAAAUGCUUAUCUAACAAAACAGAUAAAAAGACGGAGUUUUGUGAAAAAUAUUAGAUUUUUAAUGAAUUUAGAACAAAUCUAAUGUAUUUUUAGAAUUUUAAAGUGGAUUAUUAUUAUUAUAAGAUAAUACGUCGACAGGGAAGGAAUGGCAUAUUUUACAAUAACCGUGUAAGAUAAACAGGCCAAGAUGUCUGCCGCCUACCUGUAGAAAAAGUGACCCAAAGAUGUCUUGUUGACAACAUCAAGGUGAAAAGUUAUAAGUUAACCAUUAUGAAGUCUUGAUGUAUACUAAAUGAGGCUGAAGAUGGACAGAAUAAGAUUGUGUAUUAGAUUGCUACUGCUGCUGUUGUUAUUUGUUGCAUGUCAAACUUCCACAACAACUACGGUCAGAACAUGUCCGCAACAAUGUUCCUGUCAUCCGAUGACGCGAACAGUCAACUGCCAUCGCACCAAUCAAACUGAUAUGGAGGCAAUCCUUAACCCAAUGUCACAUAAUACCAAAGAACUUUCAAUCAUUGGUGCUGAUUUUCUUUCCAUUCCAUCAACAUUUUCGCAAUUUCGCCAAUUGCAGUCAGCCAUUGUGAUCGAGUGCCAUAUUCAGACGAUACACCCAGAGGCGUUUUAUAGGCUGUCAAAGUUAAAAACUCUCCUCCUGAGGCACAAUGAUCUUUCAGUUCUUUCACAUCACCUCUUCCAUGAGUUAGAACUAUUAGAAGAGCUGGACCUGAGUUACAACAACAUAGAGGUCAUCCCGACUGAUCUCUUCCAGCACCUUCACCGUCUUAGUAGGUUAAAUUUGAAAUUUAAUCACAUAAGGUCUUUGCCACCGUCUACAUUUGAGGGACUUUCUAGGUUGACCUUACUGGAUUUGAGUCAUAAUCGUCUGCAGUAUGUCCACCCUACCCUCUUUCAAGGUUUGAACUCGCUCAAUAUCAUCUACCUUGAUCAUAAUAUGUUGGAGACGAUCAGCGAGGAAACAUUCCAAAAUAUGACAUCUCUGCAGAAAGUGUUUCUCCAUACUAAUCCAUAUGACUGCAACUGCGGUCUGAGAUGGCUUCAGCAAAGUCUUACAGGGGAUGUCCCGUCGUAUGUCACCUACCCCUAUAGAGACAGUGUAAACUGUUCAACCCCACAUCACUUGCACAACAGACAGCUGUACUCUCUCAGGCCCAUGGACCUGGUGUGUAAAGAACCAUAUGUGUUUGAAGCUACAGAAGAGGUAGUCACCUUUGUUCGAACCAAUGUAGUCCUUAACUGCCGUGCUACGGGCUAUCCUAAACCCUCUGUUGUGUGGAAAACACCACAUGGAGAACUUAUUGUUCAUCAUAGCUACAGAAAUUGGCUGUUGCCUGAGCAGAACACUUACCACCAUUCCUUAAACAUGCGAGUUCCUCCGUAUUUCAUGGAGACUUCCGUUCAUGCAUUGUCCAAUGGGAGCCUGCUGAUUAAAUCGCUGCGAAACUACUUUGUUGGGAAAUACCAGUGUAUUGCUGUGAACCCGUCGGGAAAUUCCACCCAUAAUAUGAGUGUCUCUCUCACCAGUCCUUUGAACUCUGUGAUUCCCAUGACCUUAAUAAUUGGAGGAGGGGUUACAGGGACCUUCUUGUUAUUAUCAAUAAUUUUUGGUCUCUUUCGUAUGUGCAUUGAAACCCUGUGUUGCAAUGAUAAAAUGGAAAAAGGCGGCUCCAUCGAGUCUCUGUCUGGUUCACCUGUCAGGGUGUCCCCAUUACGUCGUUCUCCACAGAGACGAUCACCGCCAUUUAAAUACUGGUCCCCAGAAGGAUCCCCUAAAAAGUACUUCUAUUCCACACCUUAUGAAUCUUGCGAAGACGAUGCUGCAUCAUGGGAUGAAGAAGGUGAUGAUGAUUACGAUAGUGACAAUGAGAAUAAAUCGGGUUCAGCAGAUAUUCGAUCCACUUUGGAGGAGGUACGAGGGCGAUUGGCAAAGGGGGUUGGAAAGCGCAUGGGACAAAUGCGUGACGGAAUUAACAACAUCAAGGCCUCUAGCCGGCAAAGCUUGACCCACUUUCGAGAGGCUAGCUCGCAACGCAUGCAGCAUAUACGGCAAUCCAGCAACCUGUACAUGCAGCAGAUCCGAGCAUCCAGUAGUAACGCUGCAUAUCGCGUGCGCCAGGGAGUCGUGCUGGGAGUGGAGCAAGUGAAAUAUCACGUGAAGUCCAUGAAGGAAUUGUGUGGCACGGGGGAUCUAGGACAGACCAUCUCAACUGUCUCCAUAGCAACUGAUGUGGAUUCGCAAACAACAACAGAAAUAACAACACUGCAUACUUUUGUGUGACAGUGGCCAAGACUGGCUUGAAAAUUUGCCAAAACAUUCUUGAACUGUUGUUCAGUGUUUCGUGAUAAUUGAUCAAAACGUGUUAGAGGGAAUAUGCAGAAUUCUUACCCUUGGUGACGUAAGGUGUCCCUUUAAAAGAUCAAAUACUAUUUUAACAAAUAUGCAAUCUGAAAGUUUUCUUCUCACUGAAAAGUAAAAGUGUCUGCUGGUGUGGACUAAAUGUUCUGUCUGUUAUUUAGUUGCUGUGUGUAAUGAAUUUUGGAAGAUUCUGAAAUAUUUUAUCAUUAGUCAUGGUAUUCAAGUUUAACAUGUGAAAGUAGUAAUUGGUGGUUUUGUGUUUGAUUGUUUUGAAGUUGAAGAUGCUGUAUGUAUACAAAGUGGCUUCAGUUUAUCAAGGUUAAGGUAGAUGGGGCAAUUUAUUUGGUACUCAAUUCCCCAGUGCAACAUGAAAAAAAUGUUACUUGUUUAAUUUCCUUUGUAUCUUUGUGUGCAAGCUUGAGGAGUUAAAUUGGAUGUGUGUAAUCUAUGAAAGGAAUAUUAAUAUUCAAGAAAAAAAAAGCCCCUGCAAUGGGAAAUUGCCCCUAGGCAAAUAAGGAGCAAGUUUCAAGUAGCAAUAUUUAUUUGUUCUGUGCUGUUUAUUGCUGCAGAAGCAUUACACAUGAAACAAAUUUCUACUGUUCAUUAUAAAAAUGCAUAUAACAGUAGGGCAUCCAUUUCAUCGGCACUCCCCCAUACUUGGGGGGGGUUUGUGGACACCCAUGUCACCCAUGUUAACAGAAACGUGAUCAUACUUAACUAAUUAGUUCUUAAUAUCUGUGAUAAAACUGCAUAGGGUAAUUACUCGAUCUUUUCAAUAGGAGGAAAAUAGUGAAUUUUACAGUUACGGUAUUUAUUAAUUCAUAUUUAAAUUAGAACAUUCCUAUGGAGUGUUAGCAACUUAAUUCAAAAGCAGGUUGUUCUUUGCAAGUAAAGCACCACAAAUGCUGAAAUUUAGAAAUUUUAAUUUUUGUGAUUAUAAAAUUUUUAUAUCUGAAACUUUGAUAAUUUAUCCCCAUUGAAAAGAUCGAGUAAUUACUGUACAUAAAUCCCUUCCUCUGAUUGAAAAAAAAAUUGUUGAAAUUUUUCUUUUGUCGACAUGAAGACCAAAUUUGUUAGCAUGCUUCAGGUACUGUGUGUUUGCUCCAGUUUUAUGCCUUCCAUGAAGCCAUGACAAUUAUUGCAUGAAUAUAUAUUUAUAAGGAAUCUAUUAUCAAAAGGUCACAGAUAAUGUGUAGGCUUAAUGAUAACCAAUUGUUGAUACCACAGUUGUUAAUGUAAGAAACGAGCUGCCCUCCAAAUCUGCAUCUUGCCAUUUAACACGGUGGGGGUGUUUGAAAUGUGUAACACUGAAAAACUAUGAUAUAUACUGAACACGUAUCUCUUGCAAAAUGGUUUAGUCAAUUUUCAGUGCUCUAUUUUCAAGAUAUAAGUGCAAUGUUAAUAUUUGGCACGCCACCAAAUAACGUUAUGUGUUCAGGUAAAAGAGGUGGUUCAGUUAAGGAAAUUGGAAUGUUGAUGAUUUUUUUUUUU